AUCUUACGUGUAUUCAUUGUGACCUGAGUUAACUGAAGUUGAUUGCAGACCAUAGUCAGGACAGUCAUCAGCAAAUGUUCAUUACCUUUCGCGUUUCGGGAGGGAUAGGCCAAUGUGGAACAUGUGUAAACGGGAUCCUCGUAUUGCGUAGGCGUAGGCAUGUUACAUGUGUUCGGACAUGAUAUACAUGUACAUGAUAUGGCAUCGCCAACAGCAACACACACUCCCCCAUCCCAGGUGGUGCAUUUUGACAGCACCAGUAAUGCUUCUCAUGGGCGCAGCCACAGCUCAAGUAGUAGGAGGACCACAUGGCCAGCUAGGCGACACACGCCAUACACAAAGACUCCCAAAUCAAGACGGCUGCAUGGGAAAAGUAGCCGGCUAGAGAGAACCCCAGUGGUUCCAGCAGGCGACUCCCACGCCCUCAAGCAACUGACCAAUAAAACCUGGCAUGUCUACCAGGUCACCCCUCUCAACAAUUUCCAGCACUCUGUGGCCGCGCUGAGGAAGUAUUCCAGGCAUCUGUCGGCCACCCUGCAAGCAAUAGGUAUUACUGGCUAUGACAAUGACCCAGAAGCUGUAGAGCUGACCAUUAAGUCCCGAGGUCAAGGUCGAGGGGCCAACGCCAAAGUCAUCUUCAAUGCCAUUUUCUGCUGUGUCGGCUGGGAGCACAGAGGCCAACUGGCUGAAGGGUUGACAAUGCUUCCUGUACUUCUGGUGAAGGGGACGGCAGCAGUCACAAGAUUUGUCCUCUCAUGGCUUCAGGUGCAGUUUGACUGCCAUGUAAAGAAGAUGACCUUUAACCCUGUUGCUCUGGUUUGGAUGGUCUCGAUGUGGGCUGGCCUUUCCACAGGAGAAAAGUCCAAAACCGUGGAACUUCUCUACACUGUUCCUAAAACAGUAGAAGGGCUGAGUCGCAUCACAAUGACAAUAGAUGCUACUGAUGCCAAGAUCUUAUGGGACAGUGUACAUGAUGAAGGAUCUGCCGACUUCACUGCGGAUGAAGUGACGGCAUUCAUCAAGGCAUUGGAGGCACACUUCUUCCAUCACUUCAAGAUACACCUUGCUGCACUCACGUUAUCAAGAAUUGGAACUCCAAUUGUUUACAUUGGCUCCGAGGGAAGGCUCAAGAUUCUUUCACAGGAGGGAACUCGCGCCGUUCUACAGCACAUCACAGAGCUUGCUGUGGAUAAUUUCUGCAGAACUACUUGACAAAGAAGUAGUUCCCUUUAUUUUUGACACCAAAGAAAUCUACAGAUGCUUCAGGAGGUGUGGGCUUCACAUGUGGUUGACCAUUAGAUCUUGUGCAUGCCUAGAACUUCUGCAUUUUAACCUUUUAGAUGUCUUCAACUACAUGUAGACAAGUCAGCGUCAAAUUGAAAAGGCAUCUUAUUGGAAACCCAUACAGACGAUAUGUUGUGAAUUUCCCCCUCCCCUCCCCCCCAUAAAUGUAUUCUUUCCCUGUUCAGGAGCUUGAACUGUUAUGUAACAAUGGAAAUUUAGGAAGUCCUGAUCAUCGAAUGUGGAAUUUUUCACAGCAUGUCCUAUUGCUACUAUGAUUUGAUGGGUUUUUUCAUUGUUGUUAGUCUAAACAUGCCGAUAACUUCUUCCAUUGGGGAGGUGUUUUUUUUUUUCCGAUUGGUUUCACUCUUGAUAAAAGGUUUGCAGUUGUUUAUUUUGAAAGUUUCCUACAGUACCUUGAUUAGCAAAUUGUUUCCGUCGCAGAACGUCAACGUUUUGUCACAGUUGAUGACUAUCCAGGGAAAACCUUUAGAAGGCAGUCUGUAACAAUUGAUAUGUUAGAUAAAGGGUUUGUCAGUCGUGUCAUGCUUUAGUCAUGUUUGGGAACUUUCAUGACAAAUUGCCGCAACUAUACAAACAUUUUGUAUUCCUGUUACUGGGACUAAGAACUCAUGACAAUAUCUUUAACACUGCUUAGAUGUACAGUGAUGGUUUUAAGUUCUGUGUAUAUGUUGAUAUCUUGUACAGGUCAGUCUUGUCAUUGGAUGAAGGUUUUCUCGGUACAAAUUCUUCAUGACAGUUUUGUAAAGUUUUUUUGGUUAUGUUAUAAACAUUGAAGGCCUUGUACAUGAGGACGUGACUUUGAGCGUGAACCACGGUCACACAAGCAUCAAUGGAAACCGUUCAGUCUCUUUCUAGUGCCUCGAGUGCGUCUUCAGUGUGGCAGUGGCUUGAAAUGAUGGUGACUUACAAAAAUACAGUGUAGUAGCUGACGAUGUAAUAACUCUCUCGGCAGCAAGUCACAGUCCAGUUUGUCAAAAACCUGUCAGUUAAACAGGGUGAACAAAUACAAUGGAAUGCUAUGACGUACUCUAGUUGGAAUAGCUCAUAAUGGACUUGUGGGGACUUGGGAAGGACUUAACUACAACACUGAUUGUUUCAAUCUAUGAAUUGUACUUAUUACAUGUAUUUACCCUUGCAGUUGUUUAGUUGUGCUUGUUUUAUAUCAUUCACUUUUGUGUGAAUACAUACAUGUACAUGUACAGUGUUUUUGUAUGGAGUUCAAAAGCCUAAAGUGUAUCAUAAUUUAUGCAGACUAAGUAUAGCAUGGUACAUCAAUUUUCUGUGCAUUUUUUGCAAGGAAACUUCAUGAACCCUCCAAUUCCACCUUUAUGCAAGAAAUCACUGACACUUGUCUUGUACAGUAGACUCUGGAUAUUCAAAAUAAUGAAAAAUAUAGCAACUCUAAAUCACAAGAAAGCAGAUUCUAAAGACUCAUUUUACAUAAUACAUCCCGCUUAAAACAAAAUAAAUUUGAGGUCUCCCAAGUUUUGUUUUCCAAUGCCCCCGUUGUAACAAGGUAAUUGUAAAAGCCUCACAUUUUUGUUGUGAAGGCAUAUGACUGUACUGUAAUUCAGCUUGUUCCAGCAAUCCUGUCAUUACGAGAUUUGACUCACCGUGCAUGUACUUUCAAUUUCCAACAGGAAUCAAAUUCAUAGAAAUAGUGGCGGUGUUGAACCUCCCUGACAUGUUCCCGUGAAUUUUUCGACUGUGUGGAUUUUGAAUGAUCUUUCAAGGUUUACUUUUAAAAUGCAAAUUAUGCAGUUUUUUAUCCAAUAUGCAUGCACAUUUAUUCUGUAAUACUAAAAUUUGUAAAUCAUUUUCUAAAAUAAAAGGAAACUCAGUCUUGUA